CGGGAUCGGGGUGGAGGUGGAGACGAAGGGUGGCGAAGCUCUGCUUACGUUAAUGUCUCGCUGAACGGUAAGCCGCCGUCCAUAACAGAAUUGCUGGCACAGACCGAAGGUGCGGCAGGGAGGCAGAAGAGGAGAGAGAUGCUCGCGCCGUGGGUGUUUGACUGAGGACGUACGAGUGAGUCCGGCUUUAUCUUCUCUUCUGAAAAUGAAACAACGGUGGAAUACAAGUUCGUGAAUCUCUGCAGGUACAGGACUGGCGCAAACUGGCUCUAAGACAUGUGAUUUCUUCCGACGAUUCUUCUCGGCCAAAGGCUUGAACUGUCGAACCCUGACUUCUUAACUCCAGAGAACUCGCAUACUGAGAACUGCAUCACUGAAUAGCAAUAUGGCUGGCCACGAUCGUCUUUCACCUUUCGACCCCGUGUCCCCAACAGGCUACUCGUACAGCCUGCACAGUCACCUCAACACCAGCGGCCCUGACAACGGAAAUCAAAUGACGACAGAAGAGCCGUCCUUUGAAGAGAACUGCUUCAACCGAUCGUACAUUCCGGGGAUGGUCUCCAAGGAGACGUUCAUAGGCAUCAUGGAGUUCUCCCAGAGCUACUCACACCUUCACGGCUAUGUCAGCACGGCGGUGUGCCUCUUUGGCCUCAUGUCCAACACGGCCAACAUCAUCGUGCUGACUCGCAAGAACAUGAUCUCGUCCACGAACACCAUCCUCAUGUGGCUGGCCGUGGCCGAUCUUCUGACCAUGAUGUCGUACCUGCCCUUCGCCAUCCACUUCUACCUCAUGCGGGAGCCCGGCCUGCGGCCCUUCGCCACGCGCAGUCUGGGCUGGAUCCUCUUCCUGAUGUUCCACGCCAGCUUCAGCAUUGUGUGUCACACGGUAGCCAUCUGGCUGACCAUUGCUCUCGCCAUUUUCCGCUACAUCUACAUCUGCCUCCCCCAGGGGAGCAUCUACUGCAGCCUGCGCAGGGCCAAGAUCACCAUCUUCACCGUCUACCUUCUGACGGUGGUGGUGUGCACGCCCAACUACUUCACCAACCACUUCGUCAGCAGCCGCCAAGACCAACCCAUGCUUCCUCCCAAUGCCAGCGAAGAGGUCACCCCAGGCAUCGGCGACCACGAGGAGGGCGAGCAACUGGUGUACGAGGCUGUGCCCUGGACCGGGUCAAGGACUGCGGAGGUCGCCACACUGGUCAACAACUGGAUCCAGGCGAUUCUUAUAAAGCUCAUUCCUUGCGGCAUGCUGACCACUUUGACCAUUCUUUUGAUCCACGCCAUGCACAAGGCUUACCGGAAGCGGAUGUUGCUCAAGUCCCAAGGUCGCAAGGCAGAAUCGGACAAACAUGGCGAGCACAACCGCACCACCGGGAUGCUGCUGGCCGUCGUGGUCCUCUUCACCAUCACGGAACUGCCGCAAGGGAUCCUGACUCUCAUGAACAUCUUCGUCGACUGCUUCCGCGACAUCGUGUACAACUCCCUGGGCGACCUGCUGGACGCCAUGGCGCUGAUCAACAACUCCGUCAACUUCGUGCUCUACUGCUCCAUGUCGCGGCAGUUUCGCGAGACUUUCGUGCAGGUGUUCUGCAGCUUCUGCUCGCAGCAUCGUCCCGGCUGGCUCAAACUCAAGCUGAUUACCAGUACUGACCAACACGGGAACGGCCAGACCGCCAUCAUGGACAUGUCAGCCUCCAGCCAAAACAACACACACGUGUGAGGCGCGAGCAAGGUUCUUGACACUGGCACUUGUCGAGACUGGCCAAGUCCCUAGUGAUCAUAAAUUUCAUUUUCUUUCCAAUUAUGAAUACAAACUGCCCAGUGUCCUUCCGGGACAAAAACAGAAUACAUUUGACAAAUCGUUAUCUGCAAAGUUAGCAGAUAUGGAUUUAAAAGAAACUAGAGCCUUGCAAACAAUGAUUUCAUUGAAUUGAAGAUUGGGAGAAAAGAAGCCAGGCUCUUGCAGCCGAUUUUUUUAUUUUAAAAACACAACUCCUUCUUUGGCUUACGAAAUAUUAUACUUAAAGACGGCUGAAGCUUAUAAAUAGCUCAUCCCCGACAUUGAACAAUAUGAUUAAAGAUAAUUCCAUCCGAUACUUUUCUUAGUUCAGAUUUUAAACUAACGGUUGUUAUGCUGCUGAUGGCUGGGGAUCUGUGCAGUUGUAGUGCAUAAAAAAAAAACUUUAGAAAUUGAAAGAGAGGUCCUUUAAAGCGAACUACUAAAAUAUAGACAAGCUGAGAGUUCAUGAACAGAACAGUACAACUGUCGACCAUUGCUCCUUCCCGCCUCUCCUUUCUUGUGUAUGUCUCCACGCAUGCGCAUUGGCUGAACCGCCAUU